CCAAAGAUAUCCAAAGACUUGUCAGACCAAUUUUACCAGACACGCGAACGAAAUUCAUUCUUUAGUCUAUCGUUAUACUCGUUCAAAUGAAAAGAUGACAAAAAAAAACGAAAUAGGUCAACAUCAUUCAUGCGUUAAAUGGACAUUAACGCUUUUCUCUCCCUAUCUUUCUUUUUCAUCGACCAAACUAUCAUUUUUACGUUCAAUGUACAAUACUUGCGAACAGAUGGCGACACAACGAUGAGUCAUCAUACUUACAUGUUUCAUAUGUAUAUACAUGAUUAAGUACUUUACUGAUAGAGACCUGACAUAUACAUACCUUUUUCUUUGAUCACCUAGUGAUAUUUUUAUUAAAUCAUGUUUCUUCAUUCGCCGCCAAUAAAUAAGCAAUAUAAAGAAAAAAACAAAACAAAACGUGUUUGUUUUUCAUCUGUAUCAUAAAACGGAGUUGUUUGGAGGGUAAAGCCGAAUGUCAAAUCAUAAUCAAGCUUGGAGAAUCACGAGUGUAGAUUUACACAAGAAAGAAGUGGAGCAUUUGGAAGAGUUUACCCAGCACAACGACAAAAAGAUGGCGUCAAUGUUGCAGUAAAAGUCGUUAGUUUAGCUGAAAGCUCAUCGUCGUCAUCAUAUCUAGUUGAAUCGUUUUUGAAUGAAGUUCGACAAUCAACGCGAUUAUCAUCGGAAUCGAAACAUGUUGUGAAAAUGUUUGAUUUUGAUUUUCAUCCGUCCGGUUUAGCUUUUAUUGUUAUGGAGCGUGGUGAUCAAGAUUUAGAAAAGACUCUUAUAAGUCAACCAACUUUACCAGUCAGUCAACAAAAAGUUCUAUGGAGACAAAUUCUAAAUAUUCUCAUUACACUACAUAAACAUUCAAUUGUUCAUUUGGACUUGAAACCGUCGAAUCUUGUGUUUUUUGGUAAUCGAUUAAAACUAGUGGAUUUAGGUAUUGCACAGAAAGCCAAUACUCGAGGGCAAGGUCCAAACGGCACAUUCGGUUACACUGCACCUGAAGUUCGUCUCGCUCCACAUGAUGCUUGGCCUCGUUACACAAGUAGAGCUGAUAUUUGGUCUGUCGGAGCUAUUCUGUACUGGAUCAAUUACGGAACUUCUCCUAAAUACGAUCAUCAUAAUCGAUCUUAUCGUCCGCCUCAUGACCUUCCAUCAAUUAAAGAGGAAAAUAUCGUUGAUGUCCUUCGACAUACACUUCAAAUGGACCCAUAUCAGCGAUCAUCAACAAAUUGGCUUGCUCAACAUUCAUUUACACGUUCUUCAUAA